UUCUUCAUCGUGUUCUCAAUUUUCUCCCAAUUUCUUUUCCCUAGGGUUUCUUCUCUCUCUCUCUCUCUCUUUCUUCCCCCACCCCCUCUCGAUUAAGUCGAGCGGUUAUGGCGAGCGAGAAGAAGAUCACGCUGAAGAGCUCCGACGGAGAGAUCUUCGAGGUUGAUCAGGAGGUGGCAAUGGAGUCGCAGACGAUCAAGCACAUGAUCGAGGACGACUGCGCUGAGAGCGGGAUCCCUUUGCCCAACGUCAACAGCAAGAUCCUCGCCAAGGUGAUUGAGUACUGCAAGAAGCACGUUGAGAAGGGGUCAAGUUCUGACGAGAAGACCGCUGCUGAUGAGAUCAAGGCUUGGGAUGAGGAAUUUGUGAAGGUUGAUCAGGCUACGCUCUUUGAUCUCAUCUUGGCUGCAAACUAUCUGAACAUUAAGGGACUGUUGGAUUUGACAUGCCAAACUGUGGCAGACAUGAUCAAGGGAAAGACCCCGGAGGAGAUUCGCCAGACCUUCAACAUCAAGAACGACUUCACGCCUGAGGAAGAGGAGGAAGUCAGGAGGGAGAACCAGUGGGCGUUUGAGUGACCUAAUUUCUUUUCUCAGCAAACUUUUGCUUUAUUAGUUUUAUGUUUCCAUUGAUCGGACAGGACGGUGAAUAUGGGAGUUGUAAUUAGGGCAAAUCCAGGGUACGACUAGAAAGAUUUGAUUAUGUUUUUAACCGACUGUUUCUGAACUUGAGGGAUGGUUUGGUCUAUGGUAUGCAUGUGCCCUGCCAACUUCUUCUGUAAGUGUCACGUCUUGGAUUUGUUGGCUUUCUUUGGUUGCACAAAUUGGGUUUUGUCA